AUGACGAAGCAAGUGGAAGUGAUCGAUCUUUCAGUGGAUGCUGCCGAUGCCGAUGCCGACGCUGUGGUCUCGUCGCUGACUGCACGUUGGCUGCCGUAUGAAAAGGAAAUUGUCGAAGAAUUGUAUGCACAGGAUGGCGUUCUAGUAAUGGGUCGUGGACUGGGACUAUUGCGGGUGUUAGCGAGCUUCGUCCGUCUCUAUUGCUCACCUCGUAGUCUCGUGUUGUGUCUAAACGUUAACGAUCAGGCAGCGACGCUACGACGCUCAAUGCUGGCGCUAGGCCUCGACCGUCAUCUGUUGCCACGAGUAGUCGAUGCCCGGAAUAGUUUAAAUGAGAGACAGCAAAUGUACAAGCGCGGCGGCGUUUUUUUCGUGACGGCGCGAAUCCUCGUCGUGGAUUUAUUGUCUAAUCAUAUGGACCCAGCUAGCGUCAGUGGACUGUUAGUAAAUGAUGCACAUCAUGUGACAGAGACCUCCAUGGAAGCUUUUAUUCUACGACUCUAUCGUGAACGCAAUCGAGAAGGAUUCAUCAAAGGGUUUUGUGACGACAGCGUCGCUCUCUCGUCGGGUUUUAACCGCAUGGAACAAGUUCUUAAACAUUUGUACGUGCGGAAUGUGUUUCUGUAUCCGAGGUUUCAUGUUGCAGUGAAUUCGUGUCUCGAGAAACAUCAACCCGAAGUGUACGAAAUUGAAGUGGCCUUUUCACCUUCUAUGAAAAUCAUGCAAGAAGCGCUGCUUGUUGCACUUGAAGCUACGGUAAAGGAGUUACAACGCAGCACCAAAUCACUGGACGCUGCUGAUCUUACGAUGGACAAGGCUCUUGCCAAGUCGUUUAGUAACUUCAUUCGACGGCAAUUGGACCCGCUGUGGCACAAAUUGCCAGUCAAAACCAAACAACUUGUUGGAGACCUCUCGACGCUUCGUCAGUUGUUGGCAUACCUUCCACAUUACGAUGCCAUUUCAUUUUAUUCGUUUCUGGUGAACUAUCAAACCAUGAACGGCCAGCAACGUUAUCCGUCACAGUGGCUGUUCACAGAUGCUGCAGAUCGCCUUCUUUCUGCAUCAAAAGAACGAUUGUACCAAAUUGUGGACCCGAAAACUAAGAAGCCUGCAAAUUUCCGUCACCUAGGUGCUUCGAAUGGAGCGGCUUCGAACGCUGCAGGUAUUGCUGAGCUCAAGCUUGUGCUUGAGCAAAAUCCUAAAUGGGAUGCACUCAAAGAGAUCUUGGAUGAAGUGCACGAUGAACAACAGCGUGAGCAAAAGAAGAAAAAGAGCAAGGAGGAACGGGCAGCUGGUGGGUCAAGUGUGUUGGUGAUGGUCAAGGACGAGCGAAUAUGUGCACAGCUACGUGAAUUUUUAAGUUUGGGUGCCCAGGAAAUGAUGCAGCGCCGUUUCGCCCAUUACUUGUUGCAGAAGGAGGCCACGCUGAAGCAAAAGGGAGGCAGCAUGACAUCGCUGGGACUCGAGCAACGGCUUCUUGUGGAGGCUGCUGCGAAGCUACGAUCCGAUGAGCUUUACACUGACGAUGAAACGGUGCUUCCAUCACAAGCAGAAAACAGUAAACAAAAAUCUGUCCAAGCAAAGAAGCGUAUGCGAGACGAAUCAUCAUCCUCAAGCUUUAAAGAUGUCCAAGCUCAUACUACUGAUGUGUCGAGCUUUGGUUUAUCAGUGGCCGAGCUAGAAACAAUUACAGCAGCUCAUGACGAAUCUAAGCGUGAUAACAAGUGCAAGUCAUUUUCCAAUAACCAUCUUCGUGCUGACCAAGGAACAUCCCAUCGCCGAGAUCAUCCUUUAGGCACGCCGAAUUUGUCACUUGAAGUGAUGGACCCGCUUGACAGCAUCGUUUUGUGUACAUAUGAUCAAGCCACACAACAAGGCUACGGCGCCUCAGCGUUUCUCGAGGACCUAAUGCCUUCUUGCAUCGUGUUGUACGACCCCGAUAUGGCAUUCAUUCGUGAAGUUGAAGUUUUUCACACCUCACACAUUGCUCCUCUUGAGAUUUAUUUCAUGAUGUACAACGAAAGCACGGAACAGCAGUCUUAUCUGAGUGAAAUUCAGCGCGAGAAGCGCGCUUUUGACAAGCUCAUCCACCAGAAAGCACACUUGAUGAUGCCAGCAAAUGUGUACGAUCUUCCGCUCCACAUGAAGCUACGACAACAGACUGUGGAAUACAGUAUGGACACACGAACGGGCGGUCGGGCCAAAUCUCAUCGCGCCAGCGUUAAAGUUGUCGUUGAUGUUCGCGAGUUCCGGAGUGCAUUACCGUCCAUGCUCCACAAGGAUGGGUUGUUUGUACUUCCCAUGACGCUAGAAAUUGGCGACUACGUCUUGUCGCCUGAGAUUUGCGUGGAGCGCAAGAGCAUAAGCGAUCUCUUUGGCUCGUUAAAUUCCGGGCGAUUGUUUAACCAGGCGGAAAGCAUGCGGCGCUUUUACAAAACACCCGUGCUAUUGAUUGAAUUCACUCACGGCAAGGCAUUCUCGCUGCAGGACGUGUCAGAGCUUAGUCCCGAAAUAAAUGCCACCAACAUCGUCUCCAAGCUUACACUGCUGAUUCUUCACUUCCCGUCAUUGCGGAUCCUUUGGUCUCGCUCGCCACACGCCACGGUGGAUCUUUUCAAGAUUGUCAAGAAGUAUCAAGAUGAGCCAGACAUGAAUGCUGCGGCUGCACUUGGCAACGGUUUGCUAGUAGACGGUGCUGCUCAAGGAAGUAGUGCUGAGGGAGGAUUGGCAUCGAACUACUACAACACCAGCUCAAUCGAUGUGCUGAAGAAGUUACCUGGCAUCAACGAACACAACUACCGUACGGUGUUAGCGAAAGUCAAGAAUCUCGCUGACCUCAGCAGUCAGUCGCUAGAUGAACUGACGAAGCUUCUGGGUAAAGUCAACGGCAAAAAACUACACAGCUUUUUUAACAGCACGCAAUAG